UCAUAGAAGAUUCUUCUUUUUUUUUUUUGGUUGAGGAGAAGACGUUGAUAGCGUUGAGGGAGGAGAUGAUUCUUCAGGUAUUGGAACCCAAAUCUUUGAUAGCGUUGGCGUUAGCGGCUGUAGCAGCUGUAGCGGCCGUGGUUUACUUGUACGGACCGUCAUGGGCCGUGCGGAAGGUGCCUGGUCCAACCGCUCUGCCUCUUGUCGGACACUUGCCUUUAAUGGCUAAGUACGGCCCCGACGUUUUCUCCCUCCUCGCCAAGCACUAUGGCCCUAUUUUCAGAUUCCAGAUGGGGAGGCAACCGCUGAUAAUAGUGGCGGAUGCAGAGUUGUGUAGAGAGGUUGGGAUGAGGAAGUUCAAAGAAAUUCCGAACAGAAGCAUUCCUUCUCCAAUCUCUGCUUCCCCACUUCAUCAGAAAGGUCUCUUCUUCACCAGGUACAAGAGAUGGUCGAAGAUGAGGAGCAAGAUCGUCUCCCUCUACCAACCCUCUCAUUUGGCCAGUCUCGUGCCCAUGAUGCACAAAUUCAUCAGCUCCGCGACUCAGAAUCUUGAUUCUGAGACGGAUGAUCUCGUUUUCUCCGAUCUCUCGCUCAAACUCACCACCGAUAUCAUCGGGCAGGCGGCUUUCGGGGUUAACUUUGGUCUUUCGGAGAGAAAUCCCGUCAAAGGCUCAUCAGAUGGUGGCAGUUCCGAGAUUUCAGAUUUCAUAAACCAGCAUGUGUACGCUACGACGCAGCUCAAGAUGGACUUAUCGGGAUCAUUAUCCAUCGUGUUAGGGUUACUGAUACCGAUCCUUCAAGAACCUUUCAGACAGAUUCUGAUGAGGAUUCCGGGAACAAGGGACUGGAGACUAGAGAGGACUAACAGGAGAUUGAGUGGGAGGCUCGAUGAGAUCGUUGCCAAGAGAGCGAAAGAGAAAGAGAGCGAUGCAAAGGACUUCUUGUCGCUGAUAUUGAAAGCAAUAGAAUCCGAGACAGUAGCCAAGAACGUCUUCACGCCUGACUAUAUCAGCGCGGUGACUUAUGAGCAUCUUCUCGCUGGUUCAACAACGACAGGUUUCACAUUAUCUUCCAUUUUAUACUUAGUUUCAGGCCAUCCAGAGGUCGAGAAGCGCUUGCUUCAUGAGAUUGAUGGUUUUGGCCCCCGGGAUCAGGUCCCGACUGCCAGUGACUUGCAACACAAGUUUACUUAUCUCGACCAGGUCAUAAAAGAGGCUAUGAGAUUAUACAUGGUCUCCCCGUUGGUCGCUAGGGAAACUUCCAACGAGGUGGAGAUUGGAGGUUACUUGCUACCCAAGGGAACAUGGGUAUGGUUAGCACUUGGAGUCCUUGCAAAAGACCCCAAGAACUUUCCUGAACCCGAGAAAUUCAAGCCCGAGAGAUUCGAUCCGAACGAGGAAGAGGAGAAGCAGCGGCAUCCGUACGCUUUCAUACCAUUCGGGGUCGGACCACGAGCCUGCAUCGGCCAGAGAUUUGCCCUGCAAGAGAUCAGACUCACGUUGGUGCAUUUGUACAGGAACUAUCUUUUCAGGCAUUCUCCGGAGAUGGAGAAGCCUCUCCAGCUGGACUACGGUGUGAUCCUCAGCUUCAAGAAUGGCGUUAAGCUUCGAGCUAUCAAGAGAUUUUGAUUCUUGUAAUGUGUUUUACGGAUUCAUCAGAUGAUAUAUAUGAACCGAGAGACCGGAAGGUUCAAUGCUGAAACAAGUAGGAAUAUAUAACUAUGCUCUGUGUGUGUGUGUAUGCAUACACACUUACUUCA